AUGUCCUAUAGACCAAACGCACCAUCUCAGCCGAGCCAAUCCACUGUGCAGCAGCUUAACAACGACUUGCCAAGUCACUUGGCGAAACAGUUGUCUCAAUCCCAUAUUCUGAACUCGAGUCCCGCGGCAAUAAAACAGCCGCUUCCACAAUCGCAAGCUCCCAAUAUGAAAAAAAGAUCUGUUCGUGAUUACCAAUUUGGAUCGAUGAUUGGUGAAGGGUCUUACUCGACUGUUUACUCAGCAAUGGACAAGCUACUGAAGAAAACAUACGCCAUCAAAGUGUUGUCGAAAAGACACAUUGUGAAGGAAGGUAAAAUCAAGUAUGUCAACAUCGAGAAGACCACCCUUCACAGAUUGGGACACCAACACCCUGGUAUUGUGCAAUUGUACUACACCUUCCAAGAUGAGUCAAGUUUGUUUUUUGUUUUGGAUUUUGCCGAGUAUGGUGAGCUUUUAUCCAUCAUAAGAAAACUAGGUUCUUUGUCUGAGCCUGUGUCGAAAUUUUAUAUGUGUCAAAUUAUUGAUGCAGUAAAAUUCAUUCAUCUGAAGGGGGUAAUACAUAGAGAUCUCAAGCCGGAAAACAUCUUAGUAGGUCAUGAUUUCAAUUUGAAAAUCACCGACUUUGGAGCUGCCAAACUCUUGGGGGGAGGUGAAGAAGACGGAGAGAAGAUUGACUAUAAUUCUUUCAAUGCAGAUGUUGAUACUCCAGGACAAGUGCCUAAAGAGAGGUUUGGCUCUUUUGUUGGAACUGCAGAGUACGUUUCCCCGGAAUUAUUAAAAGACAACAUUUGCGGCUUCGAGUCUGAUAUAUGGGCCAUAGGCUGCAUUCUUUACCAGCUCUUCAACGGCUCACCACCAUUCAAAGGUAAUACUGAGUACUUGACAUUCCAAAAGAUCAUUGAUCUUCAGUAUUCAUAUAAAUCUCCCAAACCACUUCCUAGGGAGGUCACGGAAAUUAUCGAGCGAAUAUUGGUGGCAGAUCCUUCUGCUAGACCCGCCAUUCCCGAUAUAAUGUCGUUCCGGUGGUUUAGCGAUGUUGAUUGGAGUGAUCCCAAAUAUUUGUGGCACAGGAAGGUGCCCAAACUUGAAAGCUAUUUUGGCACAGAAAGUAUAUCCCAACCAAUUGUCCCCAAGCUUAAAAAUGGAGCAAACAGAGAGAUGAACAAAUCCAAUUCGUACCACCAUUUACAAUCUCAGAUCAAUGCGUCCGACUUGGGCUUUUUACCCACGAUAGGAGCAAAGAAAGCUUUUAAACCUCCAACGGCCAUAAGAAAAAAUACAUCGUCAAAUGGUAUUUCAGAUGUGACUCACCAAUUUUUGCCAAGUGUUCUGCCUCCUAAAAGGCGUGAGGUGCCACACACAGCAGCACCACUUACACAAGUGAACCAACCUGUUUUUUCUACACCCGUCAAUAACAAUCGUACCCCAUUGGCCACACCGCCACAACCACCGCCACAACCACCGCAAUUGCAAGGUGAAGGUACGUCUAGACAUUUGCAAGGUCUGCAAUUGCAACCGCAACUGCAACCGCAACCGCAACCCAAGUCCCAGCCACGUGGAAAGCCUAAUAUUCGAGCAAACACAGCUUUCCAAAAUAUGCCCUCAGCUUCGAGAACUACAACUGCUCUGUCUCAAUCCCCGAAGAUGGGCUCAGUCAGUAAACAAGAUACAUCAGGAAUAACAGAAGGAAUUACUCCUUAUGCCCCUGUAGCUCCCAAGGCUUCUCCCGAUGCGGCUGCUGCUGCUGCUGCUUUUGCAAAGCGGAGCAAUUCGCAAGCCAAACCGAAUACCACGCCAGUAUCCAGUACUCGUUCAGAAAAUGCCACAUCUUCCCAAAGGAGUUCACAGAAGCAAACAGUACUUAAACUACACGAGGUGUCUAGUUUACUUGCAUCCAAUGAGAAAAUUCUCAAAAUGGAUCUUUUGAAAAGAAUGCAACUCCCCAAAUCAUCCUUGUCGUUGAACUAUGAAACUCUUGACGACAGUGUGUUGGAAAAGAUUGUCACCGAACACGCGCAAGUUUUAAAAGAGAAUUCAAAGUUGGUGCUCACGUUUGUCACCAACAUGGCCAGAAUUUUCCUUGUUGAUUCCACCUUAGAGGUGAUGCUAGUUGACUUGAAGGCAAACAGUGGGGGAGAUUACUUUAUGUACGAUUAUGAGUUCGAAGCCGACGAGGAAGAGCAGAGUAGUGGCCCUUUAGGGUAUUUGAUAAUCGAGGUUGUCAAAGAAAAUGGGGACUUGUACUUCCUUCAGCAAAUUUCUAGCAGAUAUUCUGAACCGGAGAUUAUCAAGGUAGUGGACAAGUCUGGCAAAGAAUCAUCAAUUGGCAAAGGACAUGGAUGGAUUGAUUGUCUAUUGAUUGCACGAGAAACUUCAACAGUCUCGCCUGGCGAGCACAGCAAUGCCAAUGGUGUUUCUGCUCUGGUAUCUGGCGUCUCUAAUGGAACGGUAGUCAAAAAAAAUACUGAUAUCAAAAGCAAGAAGGGGAGUGGAAAAAAGCCUAAAAAGGAAGUCAAACGUAAAGCAAGCAAUCUGCCUUCUUUGCGCUCAGCGUCAUCGACUAAUCCAGCAACCAAUUUCGCGCGUGCAGCAGCAGCGGCUGCUCGUCAAAAGUGA